UUCCCGGGGAAGCUCUGGGCGACAGUCGGUGUCCUUGCGAGCAUCUGGCCGGGGGAGCCGCUGCCUCCGCCUCGGCCUCUGAGGAAGACGCCAAGUUGCUUCUCCUCCUUCUCCUUCUCCUCCCUUCCUCCCUUUCUGUCUCUUUCGCUCCCCCCGCUCUUCCCCGGCUCUGCAUGCCCGGCUCCCUGCGCGGGGUCCCGCCGGCCGUGCCGCGGCCAUGGGCGACGGCUGAGCCCGCUAGAACCGCCGGGUAGCCGCGGGCAGCAGAAGCCGCCGAAGAGCCACCUAGCUCGGCCCGCUCCUCUGCACCGGCGCGCCGCCCGGAGAGCCAUGGCCAGCGACUGCGCCGCCCGGAGCUUGGAUAACACCGACCUCGGGGCGCUCCGGGACCCAGCUGGAAUAUUUGAACUAGUGCAAGUCGUUGGGAAUGGGACAUAUGGACAAGUCUAUAAGGGUCGCCACGUGAAAACAGGGCAGCUGGCGGCAAUCAAGGUUAUGAAUGUGACCGAGGAUGAGGAGGAAGAAAUCAAACUGGAAAUUAAUAUGCUGAAGAAGUAUUCUCACCAUCGGAACAUUGCGACCUACUACGGUGCUUUUGUCAAGAAAAGUCCAGCAGGUCAGGAUGACCAGUUAUGGCUGGUCAUGGAGUACUGUGGGGCCGGAUCCGUCACAGACUUGGUGAAGAAAACCAAAGGGAAUUGCUUCAAGGAAGACUGGAUUGCUUACAUCUGCAGGGAGGUCCUCAGAGGCCUGUCUCACUUACACGCCCACCAUGUCAUCCACCGAGAUAUUAAGGGGCAGAACGUGCUGCUGACGGAGAACGCGGAGGUGAAAUUGGUUGAUUUUGGGGUCAGCGCUCAGCUGGAUCGGACGAUUGGCAGGAGGAACACUUUUAUUGGGACACCGUAUUGGAUGGCACCUGAAGUCAUCGCUUGUGAUGAAAACCCAGACUCCACCUAUGACUACAGAAGUGACUUGUGGUCCUUGGGCAUCACCGCCAUCGAAAUGGCCGAAGGGGCUCCCCCGCUGUGUGACAUGCAUCCCAUGAGGGCCCUCUUUCUGAUUCCACGGAACCCUUCCCCAAAACUGAAGUCCAGGAAAUGGUCAAAAAAGUUUCUCAACUUUGUCGACAGUUGCUUGGUCAAGAAUUACACGCAUCGCCCUGUGACGGAGACCCUGCUCAAACACUCCUUCAUCAGGGACAUGCAAAACGAGCGCCAAGUACGGAUCUUGCUCAGAGAUCAUCUAGACAGGACCAGGAAGAAAAAGGGGGAAAAAGAUGAAACGGAAUAUGAGUACAGUGGAAGUGAGGAAGAAGGGGACGAGUUGAACGAAGACGAGGGAGAGCCAAGCUCCAUUGUGAAUCUCCCGGGGGAAUCUACCCUGCGCCGAGAGUUCCUCCGACUUCAGCAGGAGAACAAAUCCCGUUCGGAAGGCCCCUGCCUGCAGCCCCUGCAAUGCCAGCAACAGAAACGCCAGGAAAACUACAAGAGGCUCCUGGAAGAGAGGCAGAAGCGCAUCGUGGAGCAGAAGCUGCAGAGGAAGAAGCUGGAAGAUCAUCAGAAAAAGGAAGAGCUUCGGAAACAUCUGGACCUCGAAAAGAGACACCUGGAGGGCCAGGUGGCCCCAGGCAGCGGGCAGAAGGAUAAAAGCAGCCGAGAGAAGCCAGAGGAGGCCUGGUGCAAAGGGGAUGCGGUCCAACUCGCAGGAAUACAACAGAGACGAGGCGACGGAGGAGGAGCUCAGGGGAAGAAGUUUCACCGCACUCUUCCCAAAGAUCAGUCGCAACUCCUCUCCCUCCAACACGACCACCAGCAGAAGAACAAGGAGGCCCCCAAGGUCCUCCAUCUUCCACAGGGACCUUCGUCAAACUGCCUGAGCAAAGAGGGGAAGGCAGCGGCGGAAAAGCAGCUUCAGAAAAGCAGCUACGGUGUCCAGCCAGACUUCAACUGGACAGCGGUCCUCAGCCAGGAGACCACCCCUCACGGAAGGCUGGGUUCUGGCAGUAGUUCCAGCCCUUGUACCCCAGCUCUGCAGCGAGCGGUGGGGGCCCAGAACGAAAACCUCCGAGCGAGUCGGGAUGUCUCUCACCGCAGUUUGCUGCCUGAGGUCGCUGUCUCCCCCCUGAGCCCCAGCCAGGAUGAGGGGUUUUGGAGUCUGUCUCAGGCUGAGGAACAACCCCCAAAGGUUCCUCAAAGGACGACCUCCACGUUCUACACCAGGGAUCCAUGUGGGCAACAGAGUUUCCCUCCCAGUCCACAUCAGCCACUCCCGGGGGAUCCAAAAGCAAAAUCCAGUCACAAAGAUUUCAGUGGCAACAAGCCAAAGGACCUCACGUCCCAUCCGAACAGCCAAUCAGUCCCAGAGUCCUCCAGAGUAGGCGACAGACCUCUCCAUUCCUGUAAGAGACCUGAAAAUGCAUCUCGUUCAGGCCAAAUUUCAAGUCCAGCUUUGUGGAACAAGGAGAAAGUUGGCAGCCAUCUGCUCCGGAAGUCUCUAGAAUAUUCCUCCUCCAGCGACGAAAUGUGCAGCAGCGACGAGGAUGAUGAGGGUGAUGGACACAUAAGGCAACCGCUGGGCAACGGAGUGACCGGCUUCUCCAGGGCAGGAGCUGCUGAUGGGAUCGAAGGGAACGCUCCCCGCCUUCCCCCUGCGGAGGAUCGCCAGGAUAAUGGUGCAGGGAAACACGGCUGUGGCGCUGGUGAAGAAUUCUGGAGCAUGAAUAACCAAAAUUACCUGUUGCCCGACCUCCUCCAACAGAGUCAGAUUUCGGCAAACCCGAUGAAAACCUCAGCUCAAGAACUUCAGAACAAUCUUCCUGCUAACCAGCAGGCACUGAACGCUGCCAGCAGCCCUUCCAAAAACAGCUCUUCUUCCACAUCUUCUUUUACAUCCUUCAUUGAUCCCAGACUUCUCCAAAUCUCGCCUCCUACCAGUCCGACUGGACCAAACUCUGGUUCCCCGUCCAAUGUGAAAAUGGAUCCUCCCAGCCGGCAAAGUACGAGAAAAGGUUCUGUGGUCAACGUCAACCCUACAAAUAUCCGGCCGCAGAGCGACAGCCCCGAAAUCCGCAAAUAUAAAAAGAAGUUCAACUCCGAGAUCUUGUGCUCUGCGCUGUGGGGGGUGAAUUUACUGGUUGGAUCCGAAAACGGGUUGUGGCUUCUGGACCGGAGUGGACAAGGUCGAGUUUACUCCUUGAUUAGCAGGAGACGCUUUCAACAGAUGGAUGUCUUGGAGGGGCUAAACGUGCUGAUCACCAUCUCAGGCAAAAAGAAUAAGCUACGGGUAUAUUAUCUCUCUUGGCUACGAAACAAGAUAUUACGGAAUGACCCCGAUGUGGAGAAACGACAAGGCUGGGUCUCAGUGGGCGACCUAGAAGGCUGCGUACACUACAAAGUUGUGAAAUACGAGAGGAUCAAAUUUCUGGUGAUUGCCGUGAAGAAUUCGGUGGAAGUCUACGCUUGGGCUCCCAAGCCCUACCACAAAUUUAUGGCUUUUAAGUCCUUCGCCUCGCUCCCUCAAAAGCCGCUCUUGGUCGAUUUGACGGUGGAGAACGGGCAGCGGCUGAAAGUUAUCUACGGGUCCCUUGUGGGGUUCCAUGCCAUCGACGUGGACUCCGGCUCCGUGUAUGACCUCUACUUGCCGACACACGUAAGUAUCUCCCUUGGAGACCCUUUCAGAGACCAUGAGGUCUGCGUCAACUUUCCAGGCCGUGAAAUUGAGAUAUGGACCAGGGAUGGCUAA